AUGUAAACUUUCGAAUACAGCGAUGAAGAGGCUUAUUAAGAUUCUAUAAAAGAGAAAUUAGAUAAAUUACAUGAUCUACCACUGAAAUUUAAGCAUAAGACGGUUUGUCUCAGGAGUAUUAGUGGAACUAGUUCUCGUAAAUCACAGACUUGUUUUAAAAUCAAUAAAAGAAGAGAGGAAUCAAGUUCUGAAUCAUCUUGCGAUGAUUCUUCUGAAAUAUAACUAUCAGAAUUUGAUAUAUCAGAUGAGAACAAAAAAUCAAACAUUCUAUGCUAAUAUAAGAAUAGUUUCUUUAAUGAAAAAAUUAAAAUGUUUAAUGAAAUAAAAUCUAAAAAGUUUUGGCAAGGAAAAUAAAUUAGCAGAAUCUAAAUAAACAAAGAUGAUUAAUCCAUUAAGUUAAAUAAAUCUCCUUCUAUUCAAAGAUAAUCAUCUCCUAUUUCCGAAAGCAAUCAUAAUACACUAAGUUUUAUAAAAAGGACUAAAGAAGUUGGUGACCAUUCUUUCGAUCAAUCCUUUAAAUAAGUGAAUUCUCCAUUAAUGUUCCUUUUAACAAAUGUUCAUUAAACUAGCAUCAAUAAUAAUAGCAGUUCUAAUUUUGUAAAUAAUAGAUCAUGCCAAUAAUCAUUAAAUAAUAGUCAAUUUACUAUUGAUGUUCCAUGUAAUGAUUCAUUUGCUCAACAACCCUCAAUUAAACUAAAUGAAAAAGACCUUUUAAAUUAAAUAAUUGAAGCUGUUUUUAAUAGAAACAUUUAAUUAUUGACUAAAAUUGUAUUGCUAUUGUAAAAAGAGUAUAGAACUGAUAUAUUGAAUAUGAAAGAUAUCAAUGGAAAUACACCACUGCUAUUAGCUGUAAAAUUGUAGUAACAAUAGAACCAAUUUUCAACUAUUCGAUUAUUAUUAUCAAAUGGUUCUGACCCUUCUAUUAAAGAUACUGAUGGGUGGAGUCCAAUAGAAGAAACUGUUGCUCAAAAUGACUUAUUGACUACAUCAUUAUUGUUUGAUUACUUAGUUUCCAAAAAAUUAUUUGACAUGUAAUCGGAACGCAAUUAAAUUGAUUAAGAACUAUUAAAAAUCAAUGAUUUCUAUCUCGAAAUGAAGUGGGAAUUCAAAUCUAGCUUUAUUCCUUUCAUCUCCAAGUUCACUCCCAAUGAUACUUACAAAAUCUAUAAGAGAGGUUCAUCUUUGAGAUUGGACUCUACUUUUGCAGGGACGAAGAAUUAUAAAACUAAAAGAAGAGAUCUCACAGUAAUUUAUAAUCCAUUAAUGGGAUCAGUUUAGAAAAAGGAAAAUAGUUCGAAUUGUAAAUUUGUCACUAUUUUAAAUAGAGCGAAAAAGAUAUACUAUUAUCCUAUUCAAGAAAUAGAUCCUGAAGAAAAGAAUCAAAUUUUGAAGGACUUGGUAAAUUGUGAAAGUGUAAGUGGAGAUAUGAAGGUUAUUGGAUGUGAAUUAAUUAAAAGCAAGAAUUUCUUUGGAAAUUACGUGAGCUAAAAAAUACAUAAUUGGAUCUGUUAGAAAUACGAAUUUCGAAUACAAACAUCAUAACAUUUCAAUAAGAAGCAUCAACAACAUUAUUAUAUGAGUUUAGAUUAAUAUUUAAAUUAAUCUAUGGAUUAGAAUCCUACAAGUGCAAGAUUUAAUUUGGAAUAAAUUACAAGUCAAAUAGUAGGAGAUUAAUUAUUUGUUAAUUCACCUUCUUUUAAGUAAGAAAAUGAAUAAAUAAAGAAAAAAAUACAAGGCAAUAUAAAAAAUGAGAAUCAAAAAAAAUCAUCAGAAUCUUGCUAACUUUAUAUUAGUCAAGCAUUUCCAUUAAAUUUUUAGCAGUUUCUUCCUAUUAUAAAAAUGCUAUCAAAUGGGAAUGAGUUUAUGUAAUCUUUAAAAACAGUUUUAUCAAAUGAGAGUGUUAAGUAAUUACUUAACGAUAAAGGAUUUCCAAUUAGAAUUGAAAUUCCUAUCAACUUUACUAUUGAUGCUGUAGUGACAUUUUAAGCAUACAAAUAAUUAGAUAUGGAAGAUAACUAAAUAAAGUCAUUGUUUUAGAUUCCAGAAGAAUACUAAUUGGUUUCGAGAAGAGAUGCAACAAAAGUUAUGAGGAGAGGAAAAAAGAGAUUACUUUUAGCUAAUUUGUUUUUAUGA